AUGACCGAACCCUCCGACGUCCGCAAACCGUUGGACCCGCCCUGUCAACAAUCCGAUAGUACGGGUUCCUCAUCCCAACCACGGCAAUAUGGCGAACGUGACUCCCCAAUAUCGGUUGACAAGGAAAAGGAGGAACACGUCAGUCCCAUCCCCAGCUCUAGUGACGAGGACGAGGACGAGGACGACACCGACGACGACUCAGAUGCCGAGGCCCACAUCAACGGCGAUUAUGAUGGCCACCGCCCCACGCAGCUCGACAUGCGCCUCUCGCGCACCCGUACCACCAAUACCGUGCGUUCAGCCAGCACCGUGACCACUGUUGCGAGUAAUUCUGCCGGCGGCACCCGUCCGACAUGCAGCGGGGCAGCAGGCACCGGCACCGGAUCCCGCAUUGAGCCCGGAACAGGAGCCGGCCUGGGCAAUACGCUCUCCCGGCGCACCACCACCAUCCUCUCGCGCAUACGCUCGCGGCCCACGCCGGGCCCGCCCACCUUCACGCAUCCCCUCACCCAUGUCCCGACGACGGCGGAACAACUGGUCGACUUCGACGGGCCGGACGACCCUUACAAGCCACUCAACUGGCCGCUGCGCAAAAAGAUUGUGACGACGUUUCUGUACGGGCUUGUCACGAUGAGCGCAACGUGGGCGUCGUCGUGCUACGCGCCAGGCACGGCGCAGAUCGCGGCGGAAUUUGGGGUCGGUACACAGGUCUCGGUGUUGGGGACGUCGUUGUUUUUGGUUGGCUUUGGGGUGGGCCCGUUACUGUGGGCGCCGUUGAGCGAGGUGUAUGGAAGGAGGGUGGCGGUGUUUGUGCCUAUGUUUGUGGCGAUGUGCUUUAGUUUUGCUAGUGCCACCAGCAAGGACUUUCAGACGCUCAUGGUGACGCGGUUUUGGGGGGGCUUUUUCGCUAGCGCUCCCGUGACGAAUACUGGAGGGGUUAUGGGAGAUCUGUACGGUCCUGCCGAGAGGGGUAUUGCGAUAGCCGGCUAUGCUAUGGCCGUUGUGUCCGGUCCGUCGCUAGGCCCUAUCGCCUCGACGGCCCUUGUUGUUCAGCCCGACCUAGGAUGGCGUUGGACCGAAUACUUGACCGGUAUCAUCCAGGGCGUCGUCUUAUUGGUAGCUCUCAUCUUCAUCGACGAGAGCUACCCCCCACAGCUGCUCAUUUACAAAGCCCGGCGCUUACGCAUCGAGAGCGGCAACUGGGCGUUGCACACCAAGUUUGAGGAGUGGGACGUGAGUGUCGCCGAACUAGCCCGCAAGUUCCUGGUGCGUCCGAUCCAGUUGCUCUGCACCCCGAUCUGCUUUCUUGUGGCCCUCUACGCGAGUUUCUGCUACGGCAUCCUGUACAUGCAACUCGGUUCCAUCCCCAUCAUCUUUGGCGAGGUCCGCGGUUGGUCCCCUCUCGCCUCGACCUUCCCCUUCGUGGGCAUUUUUAUCGGCACCGUCUUUGGCUGUGCAGCCAACGUGUACAACCAGCUUCUCUACAACAAGGCGUAUCACGCGGCCGGGAAUAGAGCCGUCCCCGAGCGGCGGCUGCCGCCUAUGAUGCUGGGAUCUGUGCUGUUCGCCAGCGGCCAGUUUCUUGUCGGAUGGACGGCAGAGCCGCAUGUCCAUUGGAUCGUGCCGUGCAUCGCCUUGGUGAUGAUGGGAACCGGCUUUUUCACCAUUUUCCAGGCUGCUCUGAACUACCUCGUCGAUACGUUUACGACGUAUGCCGCUUCGGCCGUGGCUGCCAACACGUUUCUCAGGUCGUGUUUUGCCUGCGCGUUUCCGCUGGUGGUGGGUCCCAUGUUUCACAACCUGGGUGUCGGCCCGGGUUCGUCGAUUCCUGCGGGGUUUUCUGUGUUGUUGAUACCCGUGCCGUUUGUGUUUUUUGCCUAUGGGAAACGGAUACGUGCUGCGUCCAAGUGGUCGCGGGCAUCGGUUCAUGAUGGGGAUGUGAAGAAGAGGGAGGCGCAACGAUAG